UGCCCGUGAGCAAUCUCCCAACUCAUCUCUGCUCAUCUCUGGUUCCGCUGUCGAGAAUUCAGUUUCACCAGAGGGCGGUUCGGUCGAGUUUCCUUUUCCUCUCCACAAUGGCGGAGCCAAAGAAAGUCCCUGAGAGGAAGCAAAAGAAGGAGCCCAAAGAUGCGUCAAAAAAUGUGAUGCGCGAGGUGCGAAUUCGGAAGCUUUGCCUGAAUAUCUGUGUGGGAGAAUCUGGUGAUAGGCUCACCCGUGCUGCCAAGGUUUUGGAGCAGUUGACGGGUCAGCAGCCAGUGUUUUCCAAAGCUCGUUACACUGUACGUUCUUUUGGUAUACGUCGUAAUGAAAAAAUUGCUGUUCACUGUACAGUGCGUGGAGCUAAAGCUGAAGAGAUCUUGGAACGUGGUCUGAAGGUGCGGGAGUAUGAGCUUCGUAAAGAAAAUUUCUCUGGUACUGGCAAUUUUGGCUUUGGCAUUCAAGAACAUAUUGAUUUAGGAAUCAAAUAUGAUCCAAGCAUUGGUAUCUAUGGCUUGGACUUUUACGUUGUUCUGGGGCGUCCUGGCUUCAACGUAGCUCACAGGAGAAGGAAGACGGGUAAAGUUGGUUUCCAACACAGACUUACCAAGGAAGAUGCGAUGAAAUGGUUCCAACAGAAGUAUGAUGGUAUAAUAUUAGCAGGCAAAAAGUAAUAUACAUUGUAUUUUACUAUUGACUUAUAAAAACCCAAAAAAAUCUA